AUGACGACCAUAAGGCUAUCCGCGGCCGACGUUGACAUUGUCGUGCCCGAGGGUCUAUCCCAAGAGAUGCUCGAGAACUUUUCUCCAUUAAACCGCUGGCUCACCAGACUGACCAAGUCCCUGGCGCAGCAGCACACCAACCCCUCACACCCCUUUCGCGCAGAGCCCUACGCCCUGCGCCAGGUAACGAUCCAAUCGUUUGACCUGUUUGGGGGCAAGCGCGUCGGCUUCCUCAAGCUGCAGGCCGAUGUGCGCAACGCGCGGGACGAGAGCCUUCCGGGCGCCAUAUUCCUGCGCGGGCCCAGCGUCGCCAUGCUCGUCCUGCUGGUCCCCGACGACGUCGAGGCCGGCAGCGCGCGCGAGGCCGAGGAGCGCCGCGUCGUCUUGACCGUGCAGCCGCGCAUCCCCGCGGGCAGUCUGGGUUUUGUCGAGCUGCCGGCUGGUAUGGUGGAUAACGGCACGUUUGCCGGCGCCGCGGCCAAGGAGAUUGAGGAGGAGCUCGGGCUGGUGAUUGAGGAGUCGGAGCUGACGAAUCUGAGCGAUUUGGUGGCGGGGGCGCAAGGAAGCGACGCCCAGCCUCAGCAGCAGCAACGGUCCGGCGGCAGCAGUGUGGAUGUGGACGAAGACCUCCCUGAAGCCGUGUAUCCGUCGGCCGGCGGCUGCGACGAGUUUAUCCCAGUCUUUGUUCACGAGCGGCGGGUGGCAAGGGAGAGCCUUGAUGAGUGGACGGGCAAGUUGACUGGGUUGAGAGAUGAUGGCGAGAGAAUCACAUUGAAGCUCAUUAAGAUGAAGGAUCUUUGGAAAGAGGGCAGACGGGACGCAAAGUGCUUGGCUGCCGUUGCCUUGUGGGAGGGUCUGAAGAGAGAAGGCAAAUUAUAA